GGCCUAGAAUUGGGUUUCUAUAAUUUUCAUUAAAUCUAUCAGUCGAUAAAAAAAUAACCGCCGUCAGAGAGAUGUUUAUACGAAAGUUUGCGAGGGCAUCAAUGACGAUGAUGAUGUCAGAGGGGACGGUGGCGGCGGAAUCAUCAACCGCAGGCCGGGUGGGGGAACUGAUAAGAAUAUAUAAAAGAACGAUGGAGGAGAUUAAGAGUUUACCUGAGCAAGAGGGCUAUCGUAAAGCCGUUGAAGCCACCACUCGGAAACGCCUUGAGAUUUGCUUAGAGGAACAGGACCCCGAAGCUAUUGAGAAGCGAAUCGGUUGCGGCAAAUUUGAAGAAGUCGUUAUGGAUGCCAAAUUUGAAUUUAAAGUCGCUUGCAAUUUGCACCAUUGGGACCCGUGGAAAAAAGACUUAACCUAUGUAUGUUAUAUAUGGGAUGAUGAUGAUGAAGUUGCGGUCUCCUCAAUACCUGGUCCUAUUCCUGAUGAGUUAUAUGAGAGGCUUAAAGCUCUCAAAGCUAUUGCUAAGAAAGAUGAACAGAUAACCAUGGACAUUUCAGAAGACUCGUGUAGCAAACAGUCCAACGAAAUGUUUUCAUCCGUCAACAACUCUUGAUUUUCGAUUUUAAUAAGGUCUACUCCAUCUAUAUAGAUAAUUAUAUGACAGAUUGUUCUCUUGCCUUUCAGACACCUUUGGCAUUUUCGAUUAACCUUCAAAGCAAUAUGAGCUUGCUUUCUUGUCUUUGUGCAAAGCAUUUAGCAUGUGUUUGAUUUGAGAGUUUUCUAUAGUAGUAAAUGGUAAUGAACUAAUGAUAAUGGCUUGUACUUACAAUAUUAUGACCGCUACCAUGGGCCUAAGGUACUCCAUUACAAUAAACAUUCUUUAAAGUUGUUUAUCA